AUAGAUCAUGAAUUUCUCAGCUCAGUUAAAGUGAUACUUUUUUUUCUCAAAUAAGACUAUGUAAAAAUUGUGAAUUACGUUUUAUGACUGAUCAGAUGGUAUGCAGGGUGGAAUGCGUAAAAUAUCAGCCUUUCGCGAAAGCACCAGAAUAGUGAAAUACUCUAAAUGCGCGAAGGGAGCGACAACCGAUGACGAUCUUGACGAUGUGACUGUUAUCAACAGUGCUGCCCCAGAAAACGUAAAAUACGGGGCGACAGGAUGCAUCACCGCAAAUGGUCCACGUGUUGUUCCAGGGAUCAUCACAUCCAGCGGUGGGGAGAUGUCCGGCAUAAUCAGCAACGAGAGACGAACUAUGCCGAUGGCUGUUUACGCCGCCGGACCUUCAACUCCUUCCGGAUCUAACGAAAAAGCUUCAGAAUCCAGACAGUCCCUCAUAGAUACUGUAACAAAGAGGGUGACACCCUCUGAGCCUUAUGCUUUCAUCAACAAAGCUCACAUAGAAUCGGAAAUAGAGAUUCCGAAAAAAACUAGAGAACUUAGACGGAAAGAGAUCAAGAAAGAUCUCGAGAAAUGGGAGACGAGCACCUCGAGCAGUGACAGGCCGAAGUGCAAGUGGACGUUUGUCUUCGACCCUUCGGGUCGAUUGUGCUACUACUGGUCUGUGGUCGUCAGCUUAGCGUUCCUUUACAACUUUUGGGUGAUUAUAUAUAGAUUUGCCUUCCAAGAAAUCACGAUGGAAACACUUCCAGCCUGGUUUACUCUCGAUUACUUAGCAGAUUUUAUUUACAUUCUGGACAUCGCCGUGCAUUUCAGAACAGGAUACCUGGAGGAAGGUGUCUUGCAGACUGAUUCCAUCAAGCUGCGGCAGCACUACAUGAACUCCACCAUGGUAUACAUUGAUUGCAUGUGUCUUUUACCAUUCGAUUUCCUUUACCUGUCCAUCGGUUUCAAUUCCAUACUGAGAAGCUUUAGACUGGUGAAGAUCUACAGGUUCUGGGCCUGUUUGGAUCGGACAGAACGCCACACGAACUUCCCGAACGUUUUCCGCGCGAUUUCUUUGACUCACUACGUGCUCGUGAUAUUUCAUUGGAACGCUUGCCUCUUCCAUAUUAUUUCGAAAAAUGGUGGUUUUGGAUCUAAAGAUUGGUUUCCCAAAGUGGAAACAAGUGAUGAUGUACUUAUAGAGUACUUGCAUGGAUUCUACUGGAGUACACUCUGUUUGGCCCAUAUCGGUGGUCUGCCACAUCCGCGCACACGUGGCGAGUAUAUUUUCUUGUUGAUUCAACUUUUAUGUGGCUUAUUCUUGUUUGCUACGGUGCUUGGACAUGUAGCAAACAUAGUGACUAACAUCAGCUUGCCAAGGAAGGAAUUUCAAGGUAAGGUGUUUACAUCGUAAUUAUUUUAAGUCUUAUUUCUAAGAUCUUUUAUUU